UUCAGAAUUAGCCCACAGGUUAUAUACAUCUCCAAAGAAGAAACUGAAUCCAGUGCAAAAAAGUGUCAGUCCAUUAGUUUGGUGCAGACAGGUGUUGGAUUACCCAAGUCCUGAUGUUGAAUGUGCUAAAAAAUCACUGAUCCACAAGCUGGAACAAACAAUGUCGGCUCUCAAGAGACAGAGUUUGUACAGCAGCCCUUUCAGUGCGGUCAGUUACGCGAGCUCCUACAGUCCAAAUACUGGUAGCCCCUACAGCAGUGGCUUCAACUCUCCCUCCUCAACACCAGUGAAAUCUGCUUUAGUAAAACAGCUCAUACCUUCUGGUACCUCAGGUCAUCUUAAAAUUUCAGGAGAUAGAAAUCCUCCACUAAGUCCACAGUCUUCUCUGGACAGUGAAUUAAGUGCAUCGGAGAUGGAUGAAGACUCUAUUGGGUCUAAUUACAAGUUAAAUGAUGUUACAGAUGUGCAAAUUUUAGCACGAAUGCAGGAAGAAAGCCUGCGGCAAGAGUACGCAGCCACAGCUUCUCGGCGUAGUUCUGGCUCCUCUUGCAAUUCCACCCGGCGAGGCACGUUCAGCGACCAGGAGCUUGAUGCACAGAGCUUAGAAGAUGAGGAAGAUGGCACACAUCACACAGUGCACCCUGCUGUUAGCAGGUUCUCACCAUCACCUCGCAGUUCUCCCUGGCCUUCACCAAAACAAUCUCCAAGAAAUUCACCUCGCUCCCGAUCACCUGCUCGAAGCAUAGAGUACAGCAGGGUGUCACCACAGCCUAUGAUAAGCCGUUUACAGCAACCUCGUCUUUCGCUUCAAGGCCAUCCGACAGACUUGCAAACUAGUAAUGUCAAAAGUGAAGAAAAACUAAGGCGUAGUCUUCCAAACUUGUCCAGAACAUCUAACAUCCAAGCUGAGUCUGUGAAAAACAGCAGAAGUGACUCAAACUUCCAAGUGCCAAAUGGAGGAAUACCUCGCAUUCAACCUCAAGCCUCAGCCACUCUGCAAAGGCAGAAAAAUUUGCCUCGUGCUGCCUUCAAAACCAAACAGUUUCUUCAAACUCCAUCUGCAAAAGGAGUACCUUCUUCGAGUAAAUUCCGCUCGCCUGCGGCACCGUCUCCCCUAGCUCUCCGACAACCAGUGAAAGCGUUCAGUAACCACGGACCCAGCUCGGUUGCCUCUCCAGAAGCCGCACAGCUGACGCACAGUAGUUCUUCCCCAGGGCCUCUUGCAGCCCAGAGCUCAGGCUUGCCGAGCCCUGCCAGCAGUAUUAAUAGUACUACUCUUACCAGACCAGCAGGGAUGAGGAGUGGUUUGCCCAGACCCAGUGCCCCUUCCACAGGGGGCAUCCCAGUGCCUCGCAGCAAACUUGCACAGCCUGUUCGCAGAUCAUUACCCACUCCCAAGACAUAUGGCAACGUGAAAGAUGAGAGUUGGAAAGAUGGCUGCUACUGAUCUGCACAGCUUCAUGCAGAGUUUCAGUGCUCAUGGAUACUUCCUCACCAGGCUAAAAGACAGCUUGAUUAAACAAACUGUUCAGAUGUGACUCUUGGAAUUUGUAAAAAUUCCAAACCUCUCUGUCUCUAAUUAGCACAAACUGGCAGAGAUUAUUAUAAAGCAGCACUUUAAUGACAUCUAACAUCAGAUGUUUGGUGGUCAUACAAUCACUUCUACAUUAAACUGCUAUCAGUUCUGGGGGCUUUUUAUUGCUUGCUAAAAAUGUUAUCAAUAUGAGCAUUUAUGAGAGUGGCCAAUACUGGGGCAAAAAUGAAUGAAUGCCAAAGAAAUGCCCAUCUUGAAAAACAGCAAGGAUAACUAUCAACAAACAUUAUCCAAAACUUCAUUUUCAGCCUAUUUUAACUCAGCAGAAAGAUUGGUGAAUAUGUACUAUUGAAACAAGGCUACAUGAAUCAGAGCUAAUGUUCUGAUUGCAGACUGCUACAGUGCUAGGGAAAUGUUGCUUUUACCAAUUGUUUGAGAUCCAGCUGGGACUGAAUCCAUCCUUCAGUACUGCAGGAACAAUCAGUAGUUACUCUGGAGGAUUGGGCAGAGCAGGGGGUCAUAGCCAUGACUUUUAUUGCAUUAAAAGGUUUGAAUGUAGCAAACACACAUAAUGCAAUAGUAUAGAUUGCAUCUUUCCUAUGUUGAUUUAUUGGCAUUACUGGCUCUUAUGUUUGAUUGCCAAAAGGGCUUAGUAUCAGUUGUACAAUCUUUCUAACCUUAAAUUCCUGGCUCAGGAAAGAUGGCCUUCACUAUUGUAGCCACAUUUUUAACACAUGGCUUGCUAUUUGGGGAAAACUUUUUUAAUAGUAGAUUUCCUUGCAAAACAAAGAGCAAGUGAUAAUUUUGAUUUGUUGUAAUACCAUACCACUAUACUUGCAGCCUGCAGCAACUGUAAAUGCUGAUAGUUAAGGAGAAGAAAACACAACUAUGCACUUGUAACAUACAAAUUUUAAGGAAAUGAGUUGACUCUUGAUGCCAAAUGAUAUUCAUUUAGGUGAUGUUCCAUGGUAUGAGGGAGUUUUCUGUAUCCUAUUUUUUUACUUUCAUCCAUUUCUUAAAUUGGUUUAUUUUAAAUUGUAAAUAUUUUUACAGAAGAUAUUGCUCAUGUAAGUGUGUUUAAAUAUGUAUUUUGCCUUACAUAUGUGUAUCUUACAUUACUGGUAACAGAGUAUGAAACCUGCUAUGUCUGUUUACAAGCUAUUAAAAUCCUCUGGUGGCUCUGA